AUGACAUUUAAAGAUGAAUACAACCUACAGUAUAGACGGCGUGAAUGUAUCUCAGUCCAUGUUGGCCAAGCCGGUGUGCAGAUGGGCAAUGCAUGCUGGGAGUUGUACUGUCUGGAACAUGGUAUCCAACCUGAUGGUCAGAUGCCAAGUGACAAGACCAUUGGAGGUGGUGAUGAUUCCUUCAAUACUUUUUUCAGCGAGACUGGUGCGGGUAAACAUGUACCACGUGCUGUGUUUGUAGACUUGGAACCCACUGUAGUCGAUGAAGUACGAACUGGUACAUACCGCCAACUAUUCCAUCCUGAACAGCUGAUCACUGGUAAAGAAGAUGCUCGCGCCGUCUGCAUGUUGAGCAACACCACCGCUAUCGCAGAGGCCUGGGCUCGUCUGGAUCACAAGUUUGACUUGAUGUACGCCAAACGUGCUUUCGUGCACUGGUAUGUCGGAGAAGGUAUGGAGGAAGGUGAAUUUUCUGAGGCUCGUGAAGAUCUGGCAGCUCUUGAGAAGGAUUACGAAGAGGUUGGUGUUGACUCCGUCGAUGAAGGAGAAGAGGAGGAAGGUGAAGAAUAUUAA